UCCCGCACCGUAGAUAACCCGGAAAUACCGUCAUUGCCCCGCUGUCCCUGCUGGUCCUCGUCUUUCUCUGUCUCUGUCUUCAUAAAGCGGUCAGUCUGAGCGCUGCUUCUCCGUCGGAAAGAACAACACUUGUCAUAGUUAGAGACUGAGAAAUUAUUCUUCACAAUGUUUCUCACCCUCACCCUGCUGCGGAAAGGAAUCUCUGGGAAGCAGUGGAUCGGAAAGUAUCGGCGUCCACGGCAAAUUACCUGGCAGAUGAAACGCAAUACGCUGGUCCAUCUGGAGCGCGAGGCCGAGAACGAAUACUGGAUCAGUCGGCCGUACAUGACUGCGGAGCAGGAGCACGGCCACGCCGCAGAGCGCAGAGCCCAGAACUGGCUUAAGAUCAAGGAGGCCAAAUUUGCCAAAUUCCCUGAACACAAAAACAUCACAGAUCACCUGAGUCAUCUCAAAAUCACCAAGACAUGGUGAAGUUAAUAUGAGCAGAGAAAUGACGUGCAAAGACUGUCCUUAUAAUGUAACAACGUAGGAUGACGUGUGCAAGAAAGCUCUGGUUCAUUACGUGUAGUAAUGUACAGCGAGACCACAAUAGACUGUUUUAACAAAUCUGUGAGCUGUUUGUGGUUCUGUAUCACAGACUGAAUCCACACUGCAACAGGACUGAAGCUGCUCCACAUUCAGGGCUGCUCAUUUGGAUAAAAACUGCUUAAUGUUCAAUCUGUGGGUCCUUUUUUUAGCACUCAUUAACAAAAUAUACUUACAGGGGUUCCCACUGGUUAUAAAUUCUCCAUAAUUAUAUGAUCUGCUGAAGUAAUCCAUGAGGAAAAUGUUUGAGGAAUUAUUUAAACUGUUUGGGGAGGUUGGGGCAAAAUUAUGUAAUUUUACGAAGGGUUAAUUUCACUAUAAAAUAACUGAAUGCGUUCUACUGUUCUACAUUUCAUGUGUUAAAGGGUUGUGACUGUCAUUGAGCCCAAUUGUCGCUGGAAUUAAACAUUUAAUCCCUUUGAACCUUUUGAAGUUACAAAACAUUUUCAGAGUUCACUCUCUCUCUCACUUCAUUAAUGGAUUCAUAAAAUGUAACAUUUGUGCCA